UAGAUUUCUUCCCUGGCUGCUGGUGCAAUAUGAUCUGAGCACCGGCCCGGGUGACGCACAGAAAGAGGGAGACCCCUAUUUGAUGCACGUACCAGAGAUCAGGUGUUCGAUGGCUCAAGGCUGAGGGAUGCUUUCUGGGGCGGGGGCUCAGCAGAAAUCUCAGCGUCAGCGUUUGCAAGGCACUAGUUUGACGGGGUGUAACCAACCCAAUGGCAUCACAGGCCAGAGGUCUGGAGCUAAGUGUGCAGUUUGCGGCGUUUAUCGCGGCUCACAAUCAGCCCCAGACCAGGCUCAGGUAACAGGCUCCUGGCCACGAGUUAUUAAGCAACACGGAUUGAUAUUUACGGCGCAUCAGCUGAUCAGAGGAAGAUAGAAUUUGCCACCUUGUGUGCACCCUGCCCAGUUCCUGCUCGCAAAGGACUUUGCCACUCGGGGAGGGGCUGGUGCUUUCGGAUCGAAGAGGGCACAGGCCCAGAGUCAGAGGAGACAAUAUUUGCACAUUUCACACAGAGGGAGAUUUCCACACUGAGAGGUGUGGGGCCUGGUUUAUUUAUUUAUUUUUUAAAUAAAGAGACGGAUGCAAAAAGAUGCCGAGCUGGAGGAAAGGGAAACGCAUCGGCUACUGCCUGAACGACAAGAAGAAAAAGAAACUGAAUUUCCAGGGGUUUGAGGAUCUCUGCAGGCAACGAGGCUAUGAAGUCAUUGAGAUUGACUUGGCCAAACCCCUCUGUGAGCAGGGCCCCUUUGACGUCAUCAUCCACAAACUCUCUGACCUGAUCCUCGAGUCCAGCUAUGACAGCCAGUCUCACCAGCUCAUCCGCGACUUCCAGACCUAUGUGGAAACCUAUUCCAGCAUCAUCCUCCUUGACCCAUUUCCAGCUGUACGGCUGCUCCUGGACCGAUUUGAAUCCUAUCGCCUCCUCCAGGACUUUCAGAAGCAAGACAGCUGCAUCUUCUCCCCGCCCUAUGUGGAGCUGAACAGCGGGACCGGGCGUGAGGCGGUGGCACGGAUCCGGGAGCAGGGCCUCACCUUCCCCUUAAUUUGCAAAACCCGGGUGGCUCACGGACCCAGCUCCCACGAGAUGGCGCUGAUCUUCAGUGAGGAGGGGCUGGGGGAGGUGAGCGCCCCCUGCUUGCUCCAGAGCUUCGUCAACCACGACGCUGUCCUCUUCAAGGUCUUCGUGGUGGGCUCCUCCCACUUCGUGGUGCGCCGGCCGUCCCUGAAGAACUUCCCGCGAGGGGAAUCAGCCAGGAGAAGCAUCUUCUUCAACAGCCACAGUGUCUCCAAGCCGGAGUCCUGCUCCCGCCUGACUGAGCUGGAUGAGGCGACCCUGGAGCCCACCCCGCCCUCUGACAACGUCAUCUGCCGAGCCAUGCGGGGCCUGCGCUCCACCCUGGGGCUCUCUCUGUUUGGGGUGGAUCUGAUUGUGGAGAAGCAGACGGGGCGGUGCGCCGUCAUAGACGUCAACGCCUUCCCAGGUUAUGAAGGCGUCCCGGAGUUCUUCUCAGCCCUCCUGAAUCACAUCGAGACACUGUUGGAGAGCCACGAGCAGGCAGCCCGGGCCAGGGUGCUUGUGGCUGAGUAUUCCCUGCACCAGCAGGCAUCACAUGUGGACAAGGCCCAGGAGAGCACCCACGACACCGACCUGAGGGCCCCUUGGCUGGCCAAUUCCCUCGAGACCCCCAAGUCGGCACCGGCUGAGAGCAGCUUCUUCACCUUCGCCGUUCUGCCUGCCGUGCUCUCCCGGCACUGACGGGGGUGCUGUGUCGGCUGGCCUCUCCGAGGGAGCAGGGAAGCGCUGGGCAUCCAAAGAGAACAGGAGCGACGUCGUGCCUAUCCCAGCGGGGAAAAUUCCCAAACAGCCGGCAUCCGGAGCCAGCAGGAUCUCAACAGGAGCCACCUCUCUGGGGUCACAGAACUGCACCUCCCUGCUUGGACCAGACCAGACCACCGGUCCAUACAGUCCAGUACUACACCGCCCUUCCUGUAUGGACCAGCUCAGACCACUGGUCCCUAUAAGUACAGCACUGAACCUCUCUGCUUGGGCCAGAUCAGAUCAGCGGUCCAUAUAGUCCAGUAUUGCACCUCCCUUCCUGCAUGGACCGGAUCAGACCAUUGGUCCAUAUAGUCCAGUACUGCACCUCCCUGCUUGGAUCAGCCCAGUGUUCCAUAUAGUGCAGUCCCUUACCUCCCUGUCUGGAUCAGACCAGAGCCCUAGGUCCAAUCCAGCUCAGGUCACCGGUCCGUAUAGUGCAGUACUGCACCUCCCUGCUUGGACCCAACCAGACCAGACACUACGGGUCCGUAUAGCCCAGCCUCUUCGCCUCCAGCACUCAGUAAACCAUACCCCCAUAAUGCACACCCUCGCAGAUAAGGACUGACUGUCCUCUUGGACUGUUCCAAAUCCAGCAGCAAGGGGGCUGCAUGUUCCAAAAACUCAAAGGGGUGGCCGAGCCACUCACGCCCCCUGGCGGGGUGAUGGCAAAAAUGCAGACAACAUGGGAGCCGUGGAGAAUAAAUCGUACUCACGUCCCAACCAAAGGA